CGAGGAGGCGAUGAUCGGGUUCUUCCGCGGGUGUGGGUCCAUCUCCCCGCGCAAGGUGGCGGUCGAAGCGUCGGCGACGGCUGCGGCGACCGGGAAGCCUUCGCCGAUCAAGCCGUCGGAGCAAGCGCCGGCGAAGCCACCGACGCCGCUGAAGCCGCCGACGCCCAAGACGCCGGGCGAAGUGACCAAGGAGGCUGCGAACCUCGACAUGUUUGGUGCUGACAGCGACGAGAGCGACGACGAGGCUGCGCUCGAGCGCUACGACCGCAAGGAGAUCGACAAGGCGUCCGAGGCGACGCAGGAAGAGUACAACAAGCGCAACGUGGCGCUGCUCCUCUCCAAGAUGACACCCGAAGAGCUCUUCAAGAGAUUCGACGAAGAUCACUCGGGUUUAAUCUCGGUCGACGAGUUCCUUGCCAUGCUGCCGCAGUUGAACAUCAGCGUGAGCAAGCCCAAGGGUCUGCGCAUCUUCCGCGCGUGCGACAAGGACGGCAGUGGCGAGAUCGACUUGGAGGAGUUCAAGAUGGCACUCUUCGCCGUGGACCCGACCUCGGGGAAUACCCUCCAGUUCACGCCAUCGUCGCUCUUGUCACCGAAAGACGCCUUCUCGCUGUUUGACGAAAAUGGCAGCGGUCAGAUCGACGAGCUCGAGUUCGCCGACGUCGUCGAGUACUUCAACAUCAACGCCGACGACGCCAAGCAGGAAAAGCUGUUCAAAAAGUACGACAAGGACAAGAGCGGCUACAUUGACUUUGAAGAGUUCCGCGCCAUGUGGCUGCAGUGCAUUGACGUCGAGGCCGAGCUCCGCGCGCGCAAGAUCGACAUACCCAAGUACGCGACGCGCGCCAAGCUCAUGACGAUGCUCGAAGUCGUGCUGCUCGAAGAAGAGCACAAUGAGGCCCAAGUGCUCUUGGAAGCCAAGUGGUACCACCACUGGCAACUCGAGAAGAUCCGCCGGUCGACGCUCGCGGCCAAAGCAAUGUUGCGCGCGCAAGACGAACUGGCGGCGGCGCUCGACGCGGCGGGACAAGUGUACGUCCUCGGCACGGGCCAAUAUGAUCAGUUUACGGGCGCCCCCGCGACACGCGACCCGCUGCUCUAUGACGGCUACAAGAGCGUCAGUGCGAUCUGGUGCGGGAUAUACUGCACACAGUCCAUCGUGGAGAGCACUCCGGUGCCGAGUCCCGAGAAGAUCCCAUUUGUGCGGCGGCGGCCCGAAAACGCGGGCUGGGUCGACACGAGUCCGCCCAAGUUGGACCGGUUGCUGUGGCAGCCAAAGCCAAAAGAGACGGUGCUCGAGACACCGGACGAGUCGAGCGUCAGUGAGAUCGAGACGGACGACGAGCUUCUGACAAAAUUCCUCGACGACCGCCAGUACGUGCGCAGUCUGCGCUUCCAAUCGAUUCACCCAAUGCCCAACACGGGCUGGCUCUGGGGCCGCCAAGUGACCCAUGCAACGAUCACAGACAGCAUCGCGUACGCCAUGACGGCGUCCGGUCAAAUCUACUGUUGGGGCGGCCAAAACAAGUGGUGGAAGGGACUCGCGGCCGAGACUCGCAACCCUCAUGAUGACGACGACGACGACGAUACUUUUGACGACGAGCUGGCGCGGCAACGGCAGCACGAAAAGCAAAUUGCCGCUGCCCGGCAACUCACGGCGCGGUCCGAGCUGCAGAAAAUGGCUUCCCCCAAACACGUCGCGGCGGCUGUCGCGCUCGAAGUCGAAGUCCAGCGCCAAAACGCCGCCGAACUUAAGUACCGCCAAGACAAGGAGGUCAACGCCUAUGAAAAGUACAAGCGCGUGGUGGUUUACUUUGGGCAUUGGGAGCCGCCGCCAAGUGCAUCAACACGGGUUCUCUUUCUGCAUCAAGUGCUGUUGCCCAAAGUCAGCAUCGCCGAAGUCAAGGCCUCGCUGACGAACCGAGGAUUUGCGAUUGAUCGUGUCACAAAGCUCGAGAUGAUCGACCUCUUUAGCGACUGCCUGGACAUUGAGGCAGGAUCUGAAGAGCAGCGCCGGGGGUUUAUGGAGUCGGAUUUCCAUAUUCAAGAAGCCGAGCAAGUCCAGCUCAAGCCCAAGCAAGCCGCGCAGCUUCUUCUGGACAAGGCCAAGCUGCUUGAAGACUAUGCCAUGUACCGAGAGCAGCAGGCGCGCCUUCACGAGCUGCGCAUCGAAGAAGAGAAACGCGCCAACCUCGACUUUGCCCUUCGUCGGGAAGCAGCGUUUGAAGACUCGGUAGCCCACCACCGUAUCCAACUCGAAGACGUCGUGCCAGAGUACACGCCCCGUCACACAUCGCUCGUGGUCGAUCUCAACGGCGUCACGUCGCGGGGCCCUCCGUUGCAUGCCAACCGCGGCGCGGCGGCAGCGUGGCGCUUGGCCGCCGGCGAGUCGUACGCGUGUGUCGUGACGCACGCCGGCGCGCUCUAUACGUGGGGCGUUGGCAUUCACGGUCGCCUUGGCCACGGAAAGAACCUCGAGGGCGUCGUCAACUCGGACGCCGACCACCCGACGCGCGUUCUCGCACUUCAAUCGGUCUUUGUCAAAGAGGUGGCGUGCGCGUUUGACCACAGCGCUGCCAUCAGCGUCGACGGCCACGUGUACGUCUGGGGCUCGGCGGCCACCGGGAAGCUCGGUAUCGGUGCACUGGACGACAAGUACGAGCAGUUUGCGCUCUACCCGAUGCUCGUCAAGAUCCCCAACCAACGUCGCAUCCGGCAAGUGUCGUGUGGCCGCGCACACACGGGCGCAGUGAGCACACAAGGCGAGCUCUUUAUGUGGGGCUGUGCGAACGGUGGGCGCCUUGGCUUUGGCGAGUUUGUUUUGGACCAAGUCGUCGUGCCCACGUACGUCAAGGCGCUCGCCCACGUCCGCAUCGCACAGGUGUCGUGCGGCAACACCCACUCGGCAUUUUGCACGGAGAUUUGCUCGGAGAUCACUGCCAGCAUCGAAACCAUUUCGGGCGGCGAGAUUUACGUCUGCGGCAGUGCCGGGCCGCUCAUGCACUACACGCCGUCGUGGUCGCUGCUCCAGUCGAUCUGUGGUACGCCCAUGCGCCAAGUUGCUUGCGGGUUUGGGCACACGGCUGCGGUUUCGAUGGACGGCGAGCUUUACACGUGGGGGCAGAACGCCAAGGCAUGCACGGGGCAUUCAAAAGAGCGGCGGGUCGUCCCCGAGCCCGAGCUCCUUCGCGCGUUUCACGUCGCGCCCUUCAACCUUGCUUUGCACAAGCGCUGUCGCCAAAGCAGUAUUUUUAACGAGCAGAAUGCCAACUGCGCCGUGAACGGCAACCGCAGCGGCCGGCUCCACGCCUGCACGCACACCCAGUUUGACGACUGUCCGUGGUGGGAAGUCGACUUGGGCCAGCCUGCUGUGAUUAGUCGCAUUCAAGUCUGGAAUCGGACGGACGAGCCGAUUGAUAUUUCACACCCGAGAGACGAGUACACACGCCGGCUCUUUCCGUUUUGGAUCCUUGUGAGCGAAGUGCCCUUACCCGACGGCAGCGGCAAGGAAGUGCUCAAGGCCGGUCGCGACCUCUCGAACGAAGCCAAGGAGUUUACGCAAAACCAGCGCCUCACGCAGUGGAUUCUUCCGACGUCCGAGUCGGUGGGCCGGUACUGUGUUUCUGUCGUUGCGACAGAGCGACAUGGACUUAGUUAUGUUCGUAUUCACGUGCGCGGUCGCACCUACAUGCAUUUGGCCGAGGUUGAGGUCUUUGGCGUCUAUCACGCGCUCAACUACGUUGGUCAAGUGUCGUCCGUGCACUGCGCCAAGAACGUGACACUCGUUGUCAUGCGUCCAAUCGCCAAAUCGACGUGCGCUCCUCAGGGGCAGGGUUAUGAAAGUGACGGUGAACUAGCGUGUUGCACGACCACUACAUCAAGGCGGUCCAAGCCGAUCCGGACAACGCCACGAUCCUGCGGCAGUACGAAGCUUACGUCAAGUGCUUUCACCUGUACACUCUUCACGAUACUUCGCCAUCCUUCCCACCUGUGCCAUAAGGUACGGUCGGGGUGAACCAUUGAGCAAGCUGCCGUGUCGCCUCUGCCGUGCCACGCGCAAGUGCGAGAUUUGCGAGUACUUUGACAGUUCACCGUCCGCCGACAUGCCGCUGACGCCGCUUGGCGGGAAGCUCGGGCUCAAGGAGGCCGCCGAGGUGAUUCUGAGCCGCGAGCCGCCACGGCCUGCGUACGAGCCCUUUGUGGCGCCCGUGCGAGAAACCAUUACGGACAAGAUCAGCAAGGUCAUGCAGCUGUCGCCCACCAAGCUGCGUCUUCGGCAAAGCAGCACCAACUCCUAACGC